AUGUCUCUGAUCAACCCCACGCGCAGAAGGAAUGAAGCGGGCACUGGGCAGUGGUGGGGAGGGGGCCACUUCAAGGCGGAUGGCCAGGUCAAGAUCAAGGUUGGAUCAAGCAGGGAUCCUGGGACGAAAUUCCGGAUGGUGUCAACGACGAUGGUUCAGCGAGAGCAGGUGCACAGAUGUCGGUCCCGUUCGGCGGCGCACAAUGUGCCCCUCGGCGCUUUCGCCGAAAAUGCCGCGUGCAUUGGAAAUAUGAGACCUCGGGAGCUCGGAACAUGCCCCUCUGCAGGACAAUCACCCGUGUGA